AUGGGCCGAGAACACGACCCGAAACACAGACCUGACGCCGCUCGGCUGCAGAGACACACGCUUCUUUCUGCCUCUCUAUCCUCCAGGAAACACAAGCCUGGCCCCCAGGAGCAGCAGAGGACACGCACAGCUUUACGGAUGCAGGACGGGAGCUGGAACCCGCCUGAGGCGUCCUCUGAGGGAAGGGGCCCGCACCUGGACCCAGAGCUGGAGGAGGGGUUCGCUGACCUCACGGCCUUCCUGAGUGCAGAGGAGAUCCACCGCAGCCUGGACCUGGCCCUGGAGGCCUUCGGGGGAACAUUAGAGGACUCAGAAUCCUCUAAAACUGCUGAAACCCCUCAAACGAAAGCUUCCUCUCCAUCUGAAGGUGAUGGUGCAGCAUCUGAAGCCCCGCCCCUCAUUAAACACACGUCCAGAGAGGUGGAGAAGCCCACCCCCCAUCUCAAACCCUUGCCCCCCGUCUAUAAACAGGAUAAGCCACGUCUCCUUCAUGAAGGUCUGGAGCUAAACGACCGCGCGGCGUCGACCUCAGAGUUCUGCAGCCGCGCCGCCACCUUCAUCGAGGAGCUGUCCUCCAUCUUCAGAGGCUCCGCCCACCAGGACGACGACGCCUCCUCUCCGGACAGCGGGUACCUGACCCCUCACGGACAAAAACAGACCCCUGCUCCUCCUCAAAACCCCCGCCAGGAGGAGGAGCAUCACCAGGAGGAGGAGACGGCAAAAGAGGAGGAGCAUCCCAGCGAGCCAGCAGGGGGUCCUGACGCUCCUCCAGUGUACCACCACCACCUCCUCCAUCACCCCCCCUCUGCUGCUCCAUCUCAGAGCCCGCUGACCCCCCCCUGCUUCCUGCAGAAACUGAAGAGCCAGGAGGUGGCCGAGGGGAGCCCCAUCCGUCUGGAGUGCAGAGUCACAGGAAACCCCCCCCCUCUCGUCAG